AUGUCAUGUACCCAAGUUCAACUUGCCGAUCUCCCUCGAUCUGGUCACUACGAUCCAGAUUGCGGCAGCGAUGCUGGCUCCACCACAACCACAGGCACCACCACCACAACUGAUGGCGGCCCAUCUUCAGACGACAGCAGCUCAACAACAACCACCAGCACUCCUUCAACUAAUGGCGGCCCAAAUACGGAGGAUGACAGCUCAACGAUAACUGCCGACAGCAGCACCGCCACUACCACAACUAAUGGCAGCCCAAAUUCAGACGACGGCAGCUCAAAAAGAACAACCGCCGGCACCACCAUAUCCAUCGGCGGCCUAUUUUCAAAAGACCCGUUUUGUCUGAUGGUGUACGUCGAUGACGAGAUGACAGCAUGCGAACAGCACCUGAAAGUCAUCCGCCAAGAACGCGAGGUUCUGCUCCAAAGUGAACAUCUCGCGGCGCGGUGCGCGGAGGACGUCAAGAAGGCCGAGGAGGAGCUGCGCCGUGUGGCCGCCUUCGCGAGGGAAUGCAAAUUGCCCUGGGCGUACGCCUUUUGGGGGAGGAACCUCGGAGAGAACGCCAAGGCUGCCCGGAGAGAGCAAGAGGCCAAGCUGUGUGGGCUUCUAUCGGGGGUUAUGUUCAAGUUUGAGUCCGCCAGGCUGCGGUGCGAGCGGACCAGGGGGAUGGUUGUUGCCAUUCGGAGGGCGCUUGAGGCGCUCAGGGAACGGGCUAAUGGGUCGUGGGGUGUCGUCUCCGAGCUGAGGGAGCGGCAGGUCGAGGUGUACCACUAUUGCGAUGCCAAGAUCUGUAUAAAGGUGCGACAUGAGGGGGAGCCGCCUCGGGAGGAUGUGUUGAGGGCGCAUAAGAGGGGGAUGGAGUUUUGGGAGCAGCAGCAGCGGCUGAUGAGGGAUGUUCUUGAGAUGGAGAGGGCAUUGAUGUUUACGACGACAAAGUGUGCUGUUGCGGCUGGGGAGGUGAGGAGGGUGAAGGGGGAGAAGGGACUUGAAGGGAUGAUACGGGGCGUCAAGUGUGUGGUUGAGACGAUGAGAAAGAGAGAGGCGAGUGAGAAUGGGUCUGAGACGAGUUUAUGGGGCAGUCUGCGGGCUGUCAGUUGGUCCAGGGUGCGGUUUUGGUGA